AUGGAGAUGAACAGGGGGGAGGCCGAGAAAUGCCUCGAGAUCGGCAAGAGGCACCUGCGCACCGGCAACUGGGAGAAGGCCAUCAAGUUCUUCGACAAGUCGCACCGCAUGUACCCGCUGCCUGGCGUGGAGGCCAUGCGUGACAGGGCCAAGGCGGAGCUGGCCAAGGCCUCGACCCCCAGCGCGCAGCCCUCGUCGCCACGUGGCGGCGCUUCCAGUGCCGGCGGCGUGCGGCACCGAGCGGCUCCAGCUGCAUCGCCCUCGAGGUCUCCGUCCUCGGAGCCUUCGCGGCCGUAUACGGCCGAGCAGCUGCAGAUGGUGCGCAAGAUCAAGGCCUGCAAGAACCACUACGAGGUGCUCGCGGUGCAGCAAACGGCGACGGACAACGAGGUCAAGAAGGCCUACCGCAAGUUGGCGCUGAAGCUGCAUCCGGACAAAAACAGCGCGCCGGGAGCGGAGGAUGCGUUCAAGGCUGUUGGCAAGGCGUUCGCGGUGUUGAGUGACCCCGACAAGCGCGCGCAUUAUGACCGCUAUGGUGACGAUGCGCCCGUGCAACAGCAACAGCAGGGACGCAGAUACGCCCAGGAGGACGACAUCACUCCGGAGGAGAUUUUCAACAUGUUCUUCGGCGGCGGCUUCCGCCCGCGCGGACGCCGGCCGCAGCAGCAAGGGCACCGACAACAGCAACAGGAGCAGCGCGGUGGCAUGUCAAAUCUGGCCCAGUUCCUGCCGCUGCUGCUGAUCUUCCUGAUGUCGCUGCUCUCCAUCCCGUCGACCCCCGAGAUGCCGUUCAGCUUAAGCCCGACGCCGCAGUUCAACGUGCAGCGCGCGACGCAGAUGGCCAACGUGGUGAAGGGUAUUCCGUACUACGUGGAGCGCGAUUUUGAGCAGCGAUACACGACCCACUGGCGCGAUCUCUCUCGAGUGGAGCAAAUGGUGGAGCAGGCUCACGUGUCAAAACUCUCCGAGAGCUGCGAGAACCUCAAGCUACGUCAGAAGCGGAUGAUCUACCGCGCGCGCAACUCUCGCAGUGAUGACCGUGAAGCCGCCAUGCGUAAGGCAUUGGAGAUGAAGAUGCCCCCCUGCGACGAGCUGCGCAAGCUUCGGCGGACGCGGCGUUAUUGA